AUGGGUCUCUCAGGCGAAAACAAGCAGCGCAUUGGCGCUGAUCCAAGGAACCUCACAUGGGCAAACGAUGCCAGCAAGUUCGGCAGCGCAUACCUCGAAAAGUUUGGCUGGGCCUCAGGCUCGGGCCUCGGUGCGUCCGGCGAGGGGCGCACCAACCACAUCUCCGUCUACCAGAAGCUUGACAUGCUCGGUAUCGGCGCGGACCACAAGAACAACCAGGACGGGACGGCGUGGAAGCAGGGCAAGGACUUUGAAAACCUCUUACGCAGAUUGAAUGCGGCUGCGGGGCAGGAGGAGGGUGCGGCGGACGUUCCGAAGAUUGAUGGUUUCGUAAAGCCUACUGCGCCGGCUGAGGAGAACGUGCGGGCGGCGGAAGAGGAGGGUGCUCCUUCAUCGGAGACGAAGAGCGCAACGAUCAACGUGGUAUCGGAAACCACGGUAGCCGCGAGGGCACCGGUCAUUGUACCACGCCCUGUUCGUGCACAUCGCGCGCGUCACAUUGCAAUGAAGGGAAUGGCGUCCAAAUCUGCGACUGCCAUUGCUGAGAUUCUCGGUGUCCCCUCAUCGUCCGUCCCCACACCCUCUCUUUCAGAUUCGCCGGACCCCUCCGCGUCUUCCUCCGCUCUAGAUACCCCGGCGUCCGGUCCCGCCGCGCUUAAAAUGCAAGACCUGACGACUUCGAACAAGAGCGUCAUGGACUACUUCCGCGACAAGCUCGCGGCAAAGUCUAACCGCGCGUCUGAUUCUUCGACUCCCGCUUCGGCGGAGAUGCCGACGAGCGACGACUACGACGAGCGUCCGAGAGGCGGGUUGGGACUGGGGGCCUCGAGGCUGCGCGUGGAGACGGUGGAAGUGGAAGACUACGAUGACCGCCCCAGAGGCGGACUUGGCUCGUCGAAGCUAGCGGUGUCCAUGUCCGCGAUGUCGUUCGUGCAGUCCGCGACUCAGGUGGAAGAGGAGGGGACGGAGAAGAAUGAACAACCUCUAGGCAACGAGCAUUCGCCGUCCACGCGGAAGUCCAAGAAGCGGAAACACAGGGAGGAAGGGGUAGGUGAUUCUCUGGGGACCAAGCACGACUCCGAUGAAGGCUUCUCGCCUUCUGUGGUCAAGAAGGACAAACUAUCACAGAUUGCGCCGACAUCCGCGGAUGGAGGCGCGCAGAAUCAGGAGCCAAAGACGCAGAAGCGCAGGACGAAAAAAAAUGAGACUGCGGACCAGUCGGGCGGCGUGGCGGUGGUGGAGGAGAAGUCGAGGAAACGGAAGAAGAAGCGCGAAGCAGAGGAUGCAUCGCAAUAG